AUGGCGACCCUAGUGUACUGCUUCAUUGUGACACUUAGUUAUCUGAUAGUAUGUCAGAUCACUCGUGUCUACGUGUUUGACUAUGGCAUGUACUCUGCAGAUUUCACAGGGCCAAUGAUGGUUAUAACACAGAAGAUUACCAGCUUGGCGUUUGAAAUACAUGACGGUUUGACCAAGCCUGAGAAACAGCUGACUCCCAGUCAGAAAUACCUAGCUAUCAGACGGAUGCCCAGCUUGCUGGAGUACUUAAGCUACAACUGUAACUUCAUGGGCAUCCUGGCAGGGCCCUCCUGCUCUUACAACGACUACAUGGCUUUCAUCGAAGGAACGUGCUACCAGCCACGCCACCAGGAGAACGCCAACGGCAAGGAGAACGGAAAGUACAAGCAGACAGAACCCUCACCCAAGAAUGACGUCAUCUCCAAGCUGUGCACAUGUGCCAUCUCGCUGGGCAUCUAUCUUUCUCUGUGCAACCUGCUUCCUGUGGAGCACUCCAUAGACGAUGAAUUUGUCAGCUCCACGCCCUUCUAUCUGCAGAUCAUCUAUCUUUACCUGGCCAUGCUGGCUCUCAGGCCAAAGUACUACUUUGUCUGGACACUUGCUGAUGCUAUCAAUAAUGCUGCAGGAUUCGGUUUCAAUGGAUACAACAAAGAUGGCUCCCCCCGCUGGGACCUUGUAUCAAAUCUCAGAAUUCUGGACAUUGAGUUUGCCACCAGUUUCAAGAUGUUCCUAGACAACUGGAAUAUCCAGACAGCUCUUUGGCUCAAAAGGGUAUGCUAUGAGCGCUGUCCCUUCAACCCCAUGGCGGCCACCUUCCUGCUGUCAGCCAUGUGGCACGGGUAUUACCCCGGCUACUACCUGACCUUCCUCACUGGCAUUGCCAUGACCAUGGCAGCUCGUGCAGUAAGGCACAACAUCAGACCACACUUCAUGGUCUCUGACUCGUACAAGCGCAUCUAUGAUGUCAUCACGUGGGCAUGGACUCAGGUUGCCAUUAGUUACACAGUGGCACCAUUUGUCCUACUUGCUGUGGGACGCUCACUAAAAUUCUACAGGUCCUGGUACUACUGCUUACAUAUCCUCUGCCUCCUGGUGGUACUGGCCCUGCCUGUCAGAUCAAGACACCUACAGGCCAAAGAGCAACAGGACGGCCUACAGGACAGCCAGAUUGACCACAACAGCACAGACAACAACUGCAACCAGAAAGAAAAGGCCACAUGA